AUGAAUAUUCGUUCGGCUACUACAUCUGAUGUUGAAGCAAUCGUCCAUGUUCAUUACGAAGCUGUUCAUGGAACCAAACCUGCAAACUUCUAUACACAGGACAUUAUACAAAACUGGUCGCCAUCACCGACAGACGAGUUUCGUUUAAAUCAAUUUCGUCAUAAAAUAGAUAGUGGUGACCAAAUAUUUGUUGUUGCUGAAUUAGAGAACAAAUUAGUUAUAGGAUUCGGAUCAAUAAUUCCUUCGCAAUACGAGAUUUGCGCUCUUUAUGUUGAUCCAAUGUACGGACAUCAAGGUGUUGGUACAAAGAUUUUGGAACAUCUCGAAACAUUGGCCUUGUAG